CGCUGACGCAUCCAAGCUGAUAGAUCCCCACAUACACCGUGCGUCAAGGAACGUCCGGGGCGCCACUACGAUACUACUACUUAUAAAGGGCUGCCCGCCCUCACCUUUACUUUGUUUGGCACACGACCAAAACGGCAUUAUUUUUUUAGCAACCCGCGCUCUUGACCUCUAACUCUGCUUUAACUUUUCUACCAUCAACCACCAGUCUACUUUUUGCCUUCACAACUCUUCACAUAGGUUCACUCUCGGCUUUCUUGUUGCACGCCCAUCUGUGAGUGAGACAUCUCUCACUAGCCAGCAACGCUCGGUCGCCUCCACAUCACCAUGGCACCCAGCGCCGUACACUCAGAGUCUCCAGCGGCGUACUCACACCCACUCAAGCAAGCAAGACAUGGUCUCCCCUCACUUGAGUCGCAGAUGUCCACCGAUGGGCACAACCCAGUGAACUCCUUCGCCAAUGGCAAUGGCCACGUGGAUGGCAACAAUGGUAUUCACAAGAUCAACGGUCACGAACCCCGCCCUCAGAAUAGCACAGACGUCGUCACAUCACAGUUUCUACUCGAACAGUCACAGAAGAUUGCGUCUGGCGGCGGUUCAGGCUCCUCAAAGCAGCCAAACAUCUUGUACAUUAUGGCUGAUCAGAUGACUGCGCCGCUCCUCAAGAUGAACAACCCAAAUUCCGUCAUCAAGACACCAAACCUCGACAAGCUUGCAGAGACAGGCGUCGUAUUCUCUAGUGCCUACUGUAACUCUCCUCUUUGCGCGCCUUCGAGGUUCACCAUGUGCACGGGACAGCUGCCUUCCAAGAUUGGUGGCUACGACAAUGCUUCUAUCCUCGCACCUGAAGUGCCGACUUACGCACAUUACCUCCGAGCUGAAGGCUACGAGACCGCGCUCGCUGGGAAGAUGCAUUUCAUUGGACCUGACCAGCUUCACGGUUUUGAGCACAGACUUACCACAGAUAUCUAUCCUGCUGACCUGGGAUGGUCAGUGAACUGGGACAAGCCUGAGGAGCGACAGGAGUGGUUCCACAACAUGUCUUCGGUUAUGCAAGCCGGCCCUACUGUGCGAACCAACCAGCUGGACUACGAUGAGGAAGUCAUGUUCAAGUCCUCUCAGUUCCUCCACGAGUACGUGCGCGAGCCGGCUGAGACACGUCGUCCAUUUGCUCUUACCGUAUCUCUGACGCACCCUCAUGACCCUUACGCUAUGCUUCGAAAGUACUGGGAUCUCUACGAAGAUGUUGACAUACCUCUUCCUGAGAAUGAGAUUCCUCAAGAACAGCAGGAUCCACACUCCCAACGCAUCAUGAAGUGCAUCGACCUUUGGAACAAUCCAUGUCCUGAUGAAGCGAAGCUGCGCGCUCGUCGUGCUUACUUUGCCGAGUGCAGCUUUGUUGACGACCAGGUCGGCAAACUCGUGCAGAUUCUCAGGGACUCUUACCUCGACCAAGACACCGUCAUUGUCUUUUCAGGUGACCACGGCGAUAUGCUCGGUGACCGAGGCCUCUGGUACAAGAUGUCCUGGUUCGAGAAUAGCGCACGAGUGCCCAUGCUCAUCAACUACCCCUCAAAGUUCAAGCCGAAGCGUGUGACAGAGUCGGUGUCUACCAUGGACCUCCUUCCCACGUUCAUUGACCUUGCUGGAGGAGAUGCGUCAGCCAUCCUACCCAUCGACGGUGACAGUCUGUACGACUACCUAGUCUCGGAUAAGCCCGGCAAGGACGAGGUCUUUGGUGAGUACAUGGGCGAAAGCACCGUUACCCCCACAUACAUGAUUCGUCGUCACCAGUGGAAGUACACUUGCUCUUUGGUCGAUCCGCCGCAGCUGUUCGACCUUGUCAGCGACCCCAAGGAGCUCAAUAACCUUGCUGUCUCUGACAAGCCACAUCACCAAGAGGUGUUGGACAAGUUCGAUGCUGAGGCUCGCGCCAAGUGGGACUUCCAGCAGAUUCACCUAGACGCGCUCAAGAGCCAACGCUAUCGCCGAACCUGCUGGAAAGCGCUGCAGCUCGGCCGCAAGGAGCACUGGGACUACGAGCCUCCUGCCUCCGGCAGGGACAAGUUCAUCCGUUCCCAUAUCCCACUGGACGACCUUGAGCUCCGAGCUAGGUUCCCUGUCGUCGACCAACUUGGUCGCGAGCAAUCCGCAACUGCAUCUCACCACGGUCUCGCUGGUGCCCGCGGCGAGUAAGUCAAGUGCAUCGCCAUGCCCAACCUUUCUCUUGUUCACCUACUUUUUGCUUCAUUCGCAGCCCUUCAGCGAUUCAUGAUGAUGAUUUUACGACUUCAACGGCGUUAAGAUUUGGAGAUAUAACAGCACGCGAUGCAUAGCGAUCUUCAAAGCAUGAGUAAAACUGCGGUGGAACCACUUUGUACAAAUGUAUAGUAGCUAUAAUAAAAAACCGACAAAACCUAAUAAAACUUGAUGAGUCGGGAU